UAACUUGUACAAGGACGGUAGUUCAAAUUACAGUAUUUUGCACCCAAACCUUUGUAUUUUAUACUGCUUCUGAUUGAUUCUAUUUCAGUUUCUCUCGAUUACGAGCAGCAGCUAGUCGACUUCUCUCUCUGCUAGAACUUAGUUGAAAGCAAAGAACUUUGUUAAACUCUACCUCAAAUUCGAAGUUAAUUGAACUAUAUCUCAGACUGAAAAUAAUUCAGAACAAUGGGCAAUAUCAGCGGCCAUGUUGAAGAUCAGAACAUGGAAGGACUUCCUCUUCUCCGUGAUGUUACACGGAUGAUCCUGGACUCGGAUAUCAUAGAGGAUCCUAAGAUAGUGACGGCCAAGCAUAAAGUUACAGAAUUCAGACAUCCUAAGGAGUUAGAGAAAAUUUUCGAUUUACGUAUUGAAGAUGAACCUUCAACUCACGAGCAGAUGGUGAAACUUUGCCAAGAUGUGCUGAAGUACAGUGUUAAAACAUGUCACCCAAUGUUCGUGAGCCGACUCUACCAAGGCGUUGAUGGAUACGGAUUGGCAGGGGCGUGGCUUACGGAAGCUCUUAACACCAACCAAACCACUUACGAAGUAGCUCCCGUAUUUGUUCUGUUGGAGAAAGCUUUACUGGAUGAAAUGAUUCGGAUGGUUGGAUGGGAGGACGGUGAAGGGAUAUUCUGUCCUGGUGGCUCCAUGGCCAAUAUGUAUGGUAUGUCCUUGGGAAGAUACUACUUCAAUCCAUCUGUGAAAACUAAAGGGUUGCGAGAACUUCCUCCCCUUGUAUGCUUUAUUUCUGAUGAGGCUCAUUAUUCAGUGAAGAAAGGAGCUCUCUUUUUAGGAUUAGGAACAGAAAGUGUGAUUUGUGUUCCCACCGACUCUCAAGGACGAAUGAUUCCCGAAGAACUGGAGAAAGCAGUCAUUAAAGCUAAGAGCGAGGGAAAAGUACCAUUUUUCGUGGGUGCCACAUCCGGAACUACAGUGUUGGGUGCUUAUGAUCCACUUAAACCUCUAUCUGAUAUCUGCAAGAGACAUAACAUGUGGCUUCAUGUGGAUGGUGCAUGGGGAGGUGCUACCAUUUUCUCCAGGACUCACCGAAAACUUCUUGAUGGAGUGGACAGAGUUGAUUCGAUUACUAUUGAUCUGCAUAAAAUGUCUGGAGUGCCAUUUCAGUGCACAGUGUUCUUGACACGUCACAAGGGCAUUCUGUAUAAAUGUAACGCUUUGCACGCUGAAUAUCUGUUCCAACCAGACACCUACUAUGAUACUCAUUAUGAUUUGGGAGAUGAAAGCAUCCAGUGUAGUAGGAAAGUGGAUUGCCUGAAACUGUGGAUUACUUGGAAGGCCAGAGGAAAUUUGGGCUUAGAGAAACAAGUGGAUACAGCCUUUGCCAUGGCGAAGUAUUUGGCAGAAAAAGUGAGGACUACCGAAGGCUUCAUUCCAGUAUUAGAUGAGUUUGAGUGUACCAACAUUUGUUUCUGGUAUGUGCCUCCAAGUCUCCGAGGAAAAGAAAAAGAACCCGACUUCUGGGAAAAGAUAGCAAAGGUCGCCCCAGCUAUCAAGGGUCUUGCUGUAAAGGAAGGAACAAUGAUGAUCAGUUACCAGCCAAUGAAGAAUCGAAACUGGGUUAACUUCUUCCGUGUAAUCGUGCACUGCAUACCAACCUUAACCGAAGAAUACAUGGAUAACAUAAUCUACCUAGUUCAGAAAUAUGGAGAAAAGUUGUAAGCGGAAUUGAAUGAAGUAGAAUUGUUUGUAUAGUUGAAAUAUCCAAUAUGAAAACGUAAAAAUUGUUAGUGUUUUCUUCAAUGUUAUAUAUUUCAAAUGAUCUUUGUGGUGCUGUAACCCGAUAGAUAAACAUCGCCGUUGUUAUGUUGGAGAAUAUUCUAUGGUUUAUGUAACUAAGAUGUAGUAAUAUCUAUGUGCUCCUAUGAGAAUGUAAACUAAUGAAGUAUAGAGACUUAGUAAGGCAAUUUCGAAACAUUAGUUCAUUUAUUCGUCUCUGUGAUAAAAUUUCUUUUUAUAUCUGUGUUCCUUUUCAGUACCUCAUUAAAUUGUUGCAUUUUUUUGCCCAUAUAAAUGUGCUCAUGGGAUUUUUAGAUUUCUCUAAACAAGAAAUCAAUUUUAUGAAUCAAAUUUAAUUUUUUGUAAGUAUUUUUCUUUUCCUAGCAUAUAUGUCGUAGAUGUCUAAUUAUACAUGUUGAGAAAUCUUAGAAUGUAAAGUGGUGAAUAAUAUAAGCUUGAAGGUGUAUACAAAUUAAAAUGAGAAAUUUUGUAGAAUUUAGAACUUGUGUGUUAAUGAAAAUGUUUUUAUUGUAUAGACCUGUAGAUUUUGUAAAAAACGAGACAAUAUGAAUCCAGUUCUUCCAAUGUGUAUAGAACAAUUCAGUUUAUUGCAUAUGUGUCAUUUGUACUUAUUCUAGAUGAUAUUUAAGCUUCCUUGUGAUUGAAUGAUGUUAACAAAUAAUAUUUAGGUUUCCCGUAGAAGUUUUUCCCGUAGCAAUUUUUAUAAAUAUUUAGAUAUUUCCAUUAUCUUAAUUCAUAUGAAUAUAACUUUAAGUUCUUAUACUUUAAAAUACUAAAAUUGAUUACCUUUUAAAUUUCUUUAUAUUCUUAAUCAAACAUUCCUAGCAUUAUUAGCAAAGGAGUUAUUCAUUGUAUAUAGUGUGUAGUAUAAAAUCAAUUAUUACUUUUUUGAUUUUAGCCUACUUAACGAAUCUUAUUUUUUAUUGUGUGAUGUCCUUAGAUAUGCUGUCAUAGUAUUAAUGUUCAUCUGUGUUCAUUUAGAUAUAUAAAAUGUGUCUUGUUGGUGUGAAAUCAUGUAUUAUUUAAUCUUUCGUUUUUCCUCUAUAUGAUAUAAUAGUUCAAUGAAUAUAAAAAUUAUGCUUGAGAGCUAUUGUAGUUUGAAUGUAUCAACUGUGAGCUUUUCUUGUAAUAAUAAAUAUAUUGUUCUCCUUA